UUCCCAGUGUGACUGAGAGCGGCUCCGGACUUUACUGGCUUACUCACUGGGACAGAGACCGGAACCCAGAACCAAGGACCCAUAACCCAGGACCCAGAACCAGGACCGGGACCAGAACCAGGACCCAGAGCGGAUCAGAGAUGGACAGCUGCCGUCUGUCCCUGCUGUAGGUCAGUGAUGGCCGUGGUGUUUCCUGAAUGCGGAGGAGACCAAGUCAGAUCCAGACUCCAUGUUGGUCGUCAUGGCCUCGCUGGAUGGAAGCACGCCGGUUGAGACUCUUCUGGCAGCGAUCCAUCUAGAGAGGUACCAGGACACCUUCCGUCGAGCUGGUCUCCUAUUGGCUAGAGACUUCACACACCUGGAUAAUGAUGCUUUGGUCAGCCUGGGUAUAACCGCCACAGGAUACAGGAAGAGAAUCCUUCGAUUGGUCAGUCACAUUCAGAGGACAGAGAGUCAAAGAGCCAAUCAGAAAGCUGAUCUCCCACGUGAUCGCUGUCAGUCUGUGACGGACAUUACUUUAUCUGGUCACAGCGCUGCAUCGCGGCGUCAGUCGUCUGGACCCAUUGACUUUGAGGCGCUCCGGAACAGUUCGGUUCCAAACCUUGGCGCCAUGUUGACCAACUCUGACAGCAGCAGACCUGCGGUGAAACCGGUUCCAAAACCCAGAACUGUAUUCAACCGCCGCAGGACAACACCCGUCCACUUCUGUCCAACACCAGACCCUGCACCGCCUCCAUCCAGGAGGCUUUCCCAGGAGUCCAUCUGUUUUACUGUGUUAGAGGGUUUGACCUCAGGGGACACGCCCACACCUGACAACAGGUUGACCUCUGACCUCAACGAGAUCUCAACCACACCCAGCCGAAAACCGAACCAGACGGAAAGGAGGAAGCCGAGUCGUAGCUUGUCUCUGUCAGACGCUGGAGGGUUUUUACCUCCUGUUCCCCCGAGGCUGAACCGUGGGAUCCCCCCCGCCACGUUCCAGGGGUCCCCACCAUCUUCUUCUUCACCUGUACGGACAGAGCAGAACCAGACGGUUCCUUUGACUUCCUCUCCUGGUAGUCUUGACAACAGCAGGCUCUCUGGAUCCUCGCCGACUGGUUCACCCAGAGGUGGCGGGAUGGAGAUGGUCUCUAAUGAGAUCUACUGGGGGACUUUACCUAGUUCUACUGCCCCCAGUUUAGGGAGGAGUUACUGCAGCCAGCAGUCAGCGCCUCCGACUCCACCCAGACAAACACCUGAGAGGCAUCCAGAGAGGAAUAGUGGCAGCACUUUAAGUAACAACUCUUCAGGAUCAGCCAGAGCUUCAACAGACGACCCUGAGGAGGAGAUCAGCCCGUACUGUGAAACUGUUUUUCAAACCAGAAGAAAUCCACACAUAUGUGAGAGUGAAAGGAGCAGACUGGAUGAGAGAGACAUGAGGAAGGGGGAGGACAAACAUGCAGAGGAUCAUGGGUGUCAGAAGUUCUCCUGGACGAAGCGUUUGUCUCAGGCUCUUCACUCCGGAGACUCUCAGGGCUACAGCACCGUCGGAGAACCUCCACCUCCCGUCCGCUACCUCUCCCUGCCCAACCACACUUUCCCCAUAGACGCCGAUGAGGACCUGACCAUCUCCCCCUACGCCAGCUACACCUCCCUGACUGAGAGAGCCCCGCCCAUCAUCAGUGGCUGGCUGGACAAGCUGUCUCCACAGGGGAAUUAUGUUUUCCAGAAGCGCUAUGUGAAGUUUGAUGGCAAAAACCUGAUGUACUUUGGCAGUGAUAAGGACGUCUACCCUAAAGGAGUGAUCCCAUUGGCUGCCAUCCAGAUGGCCCGCCCAGCCAAAGACAACAAAUUUGAAAUCGUGACAAGUCACAGGAUUUUUGUUUUCAGGGCCGAUAAUGAAGUGCUGAGGCGGCAGUGGGUCGGCACGAUGCAGGAACACGUCAGAGAUCAGCUGGUGUUCGGUCGGCGGCGCUUCGGUCCCGGAUCUCACUGUCAGAGACACGGAGUCCUCGAGCUGAAGGGAACCAAGUCCAAAGUGUACGCCGCCAUCAACACGGAGCAGAUCUGGAUCUACAAGAGCGAACAGUGCUUUCGUAACGGAAUUGGCAUCACGGUGAUCGAAGCUCGAGGAUCGACGAUCAGAGACGGGAAACACAAGAGCUUCGACCUCAUCACGCCGUACAAAACCUUCAGCUUCACGGCAGAGUCGGAGCGGGACAAGCGGGACUGGAUGGAGGCGCUGCAGGAGGCCAUCGCAGAGACUCUGUCGGACUAUGAGGUGGCCGAGAAGAUCUGGUCCAACCGAUCCAACAGGAUGUGUGCCGACUGCAAGGCCCUGAACCCCGACUGGGCCUCCAUCAACCUGUGUGUGGUCAUCUGCAAGAACUGUGCAGGGCAGCACAGAGGUCUGGGGACGAUGGUCUCUAAAGUUCAGAGUCUCAAACUGGACACCAGCGUGUGGAGCAACGAGAUCGUCCAGCUGUUCAUCAUGCUGGGGAACGACCGUGCCAAUGAUUUCUGGGGGGCUCGGCUGUCUGUGUCGGAGGAGUUGGACUGUGACGCCUCCCCCGAGCAGAGACGAGACUUCAUCACCCAGAAAUACAGAGAGGGACAAUAUCGACUCCCCCACCCGGCGUUCAGCAGCCAGGAGGAGCUGCUCAAGGUCUUGUGCUCUGCGGUCUCUGAACAGACUCUUCUGAAAACUGUCACUCACAUUUUCUCGGAGGCGGAGUCAGCUCGCCUUGCAGACGACUCCAACGACUGCCAACGACAUAAUCCGCUCCUGGAUCGCUGCAUCGCUUCAGAUCCCAGUGUGUACGAUGAGAUCAUGCAGCCUGUCCUUCACUCUGGUUACCUCUACAAGUCCAGCUCCGUCCACAGAGGGACGCUGUCCAAGAAGACUCGAGAAGACUUCCAGAAGUUCUGGUGUUCAGUGGAUCAGUCUCUGCUUUUCUAUGAGUCGGACCGAUCAGCUGAUCCCUGCAUGCAGAUCAGCGUUAAAGACAUCGUGUGUUUGGGCGUCAGUCGACCCGACUCCUCCAACAACAACAACGGCUUCAUUGACAGGUUUCGUUACACCUUCGAGUUGUAUUUGACUUCAGAGAAACUUUAUCAGUUUGGCUUGGAGACGGCCGACGCUCUGCACAGCUGGACCAAAUCCAUCGGGAAGGCUGCGACCCCCCUCAGCUGUCACUGCCUGCUGACUCGGGAGUUUGAGCGGGUCGGCCUGCUGCGGUACAGAGCCAUGUUGGACCCUCAGCAGUGGAAGGAGGCGUACUUCGUCCUGCAGAAGUCCAACCUCUUUAUCUGUCCCCGAAAGGACGGAGCAGCCGAGGACAUCAUCAACCUGAACCGUCUGCAGGAGCUCAGUAUCACCUCUGAGACCGAGAACCACGAGAAGAAAGACAUCCUGGUCUUAGUAGAAAAAGGAAGGACCGUCCACCUGCAGGGCGUCGGCCGCACAGAUUUCUCUCUGUGGUACUCUGACAUCCAGCGAGCGGCCGGCGGUAAAGGAAACACUCUGAGGGAACAGCAGCUGAGCAGAAACGACAUCCCGAUCAUCGUGGACAGCUGCAUCGCCUUCAUCACUCAGUACGGUCUGGGCCACGAGGGGAUCUACAGGAAGAAUGGUGCCAAAUCCAGAAUCAAACUCCUGAUGGAGGAGUUUCGUAAAGACGCUCGGAACGUCAAACUGCGGAUCGGAGACCACUUCAUUGAGGACGUGACAGACGUCCUGAAGAGGUUCUUCAGGGAGAUCGAGGACCCCAUCUUCAUGGCUGAGCUCCACCCACUGUGGCAGGGGGCCGCCAAAAUCUCUCAGAAGAGUCAGAGGUUGGACCGCUACAAAGAGAUCAUCCGGAGUCUUCCUCGAGUCAACAGGACCACUCUGGCCGCUCUCAUCAGUCACCUGUUCAGAGUCCAGAAGUGUGCCGAUCUGAACCAGAUGUGCACUAAGAACCUGUCGCUGCUGUUCGCUCCCAGUCUGUUCCAGACUGACGGGAAAGGAGAGCACGAGGUGAAGAUCGUAGAGGAUCUGAUAGACAACUACCUGUACGUCUUUGAUAUCGACGAGGAGCAUCAGACUCAGAUCGAGCUGGAAAUCAGCCUCAUCACCACCUGGAAGGACACUCAGCUGUCUCAGGCCGGUGAUCUGAUCAUUGAAGUCUAUCUGGAGAUGAAGAUACCAGACUGCUGCAUCACUCUCAAGGUGUCUCCCACCAUGUGUGCUGAGGAGCUGACCAAUCAGGUUCUGUUCAUGAGGAACGUCCCGGCCGGAGACAAAGACGUGUGGAUGACGUUUGAGGCCAUCGAGGACGGACAGCUGGAGCGUCCGUUACAUCCCAAAGAGAAAGUUCUGGAGCAGGCUCUGCAGUGGUGCAAGAUGGCCGACCCGAGCUCGGCCUACCUGGUGGUGAAGAGAGUUCCUAAAGGAGAAGGCAUCAACAUCCUCACCUCCUAUAAGAGUGAGAUCAUGAAGGUCGGUCUGCUGAAGUGUCGUGAGGAACCUCCGAAGCUCCUGCAGGGGAACAAGUUCCAGGAGCGAACGUUCCAGAUCAUAAACCACAAACUGCUGCUGCUCAAAGACAAGAAGAGCAUCAAACCAGAGAAGGAGUGGUCUCUGAAGUCCAUGAAGAUCUACAUCGGCAUCCGCAGGAAACUGAAAGCUCCGAGCAGGUGGGGAUUCACAGUGAUGUCCGACAAACACCAGCUGUAUCUGUGCUGCAGCUCUGAGGCUGAACUGUGGGACUGGAUCACCAGCUUCCUCAAAGCUCAGAAUGAUGACCCGGGCCCUCCGGUCCUGAGGCGUCACUCCUCCGCAGAUAUCUCCAAGCAGAAGUUCGGCACGAUGCCGCUUGUGCCCAUCAGAGGAGACGAGAGCAACAACAGCAUGCUGGCGGCCAAUCAGAAGCUGAGAAAGUUACACGACAGAAGGACGCUCUCCAUGUACUUUCCCAUGAAGGUGCAGCAGGACUCAUUCGAGGAGCGUUCGGAGUCUCCUGACCUUCCUGAGCCGCUCUACGAGGAGGUCGGGGACUUCGGCCUGCAGGUCCUUAAAUCUCUGGAGACCAGCUUCCUGUCCAGCAGCGCUGCCGAGACCCAGGAAGUCCCAGACCUCCCGCCGCUCAGACUAAUUCCCGUGGAAGCCGGGCACUCGGACCACAUAAUCAUCCCCGACUCGGGGUGUUCCGGUGCCGGCUCUGUGGACAGUCUGGAGCAGAGCGGAGGCAGCAGCGGAGGAGGUGAUGGAGAAGACUUGAACGUCCCUCAGCAGCCUGCAGUGAGGAAGAGGCAGCAGCUGCUGCAGGGAGUCUGUACUCCAUCACAGGAGCUGCUGCUGCAGGAGCUGUCAUCUGCUUUCACCAAGAAGACCGAGGAGGAGGAGGAAGAGGGGGAGAAGGAGGAAGAGGAGGAGGAGAGGCCGUAUGAUGUCUGAGAGGAAAGAAGGUUUUAUCACAGCUCGGUGAAAUCUAUCAAAGUUUCCACAGAGUCUGGUGAAGUCCGGAAGGAAUCAGUUUCAUUUCUAUAACCCUGAAUCGCACAUUUGUCCCAGAGCUCCUCGCAGCAUGUGACCCCCACGAUCAUUCUGCCCUUUACAGAAACUUUCACUGGAAUAAAAGCAGCCGGGAGGACUUUUAUAAUACCAGCAAAGACACUGAGAAGGACUCAUUUAACCCUGUAAUAUUUGAUCAGUCCCCUCAGAUUAAUGAAUCAUGCCUUGGAAUUACUCUGAUGAUUCUGCUGGCACUGCAGCUCCCAGAUCUCCUCCUGAUGAACUGGUUUAAAAAGAUGAAAGAGGAUUCAGGAGAGCUCGGAGCUCUGAUGGAGACGUUCACAAAGACACCUCCAACCUGCUGCUGUUGGUGCCUUGCUCCGCCUCCAGUGAGGAACCAGACCGUCAGCUCUGAGAGACACAGAGCCGAAAACUUUCACACAGUCUGAUGGUUUCUGAUGGAACGUAGGAAGUCAAAACUCAGAGACGGAGGAGCAGUGGACACUGUGAUUGGCUGAAGGGUCACCUGACUCACAGUCAGAGUGACAGAACGAGUGAAGUGAAGUAGAUGGGAGGAGGAGCAGGUCGUAGACUGAGGUCAAAAGAGUAGAAUUAAAAAGACACUGUAAGAACAGACUGAAGCUAUUAUGUUAUAUUAUAUAUUAUUAAAUUACAUAUCUGUGUAAUCUUUUAAUGCCAAAUAACAAGCUCAUUGUCAUCUGUCGUCUGGAUUAUAGCACAAACUGUA